GGUCCGAAAUUAAAUUGUAACAAAACUUGGAUUUUAGAAAAAUGUGAAGAGGGGAGGAGGAGGAGCGAUGAUGAUGUUGCGUGUGUGUCCGUCGUCUCUCUUCAAUCUCCGACCACUUCAUCUCUCCACUUCCUCUACGGAAUUCCCUUUUUGCCCCUCUAUUCGCCGAGAAUUACGAUUAGUCCCUUCCCGAUCUUCUUCUUCUUCGUUCCGUCGGAUGGAAUCUUCUCCGGCUUCGGAAACGGAUUCCUUAGGGGAAGAUAUGCAGAAUCAAACUGAUGAAGGUGAUAAGAUCAAAAGGAAGCUCGAAGAGUUUAACUGGGACCACUCCUUUGUUAAUGAGCUGCCUGGUGAUCCGAGAAGCGAUGUUAUCUCGCGUAAGGUAUUUCAUGCUUGCUAUUCAAAAGUUUCCCCGUCAGUACAAGUAGAUGAUCCUCAGCUUGUAGCAUGGUCUGAUUCUGUUGCGGAGCUCUUGGAUCUACAUCCUAAAGAAUUUGAAAGGCUUGAUUUCCCUCUCCUACUCUCUGGUGCUAAACCUUUACCUGGAGCAAUGCCUUAUGCUCAAUGCUACGGAGGCCACCAGUUUGGCAGGUGGGCUGGACAACUAGGCGACGGUCGCGCCAUAACUCUCGGAGAAGUUCUGAACUCCAAAGGCGAAAGAUGGGAGCUUCAGCUCAAAGGCGCUGGUAGAACUCCUUACAGCCGUUUUUCCGAUGGCCUCGCAGUGCUUCGCAGUAGCAUCAGGGAGUUCCUCUGCAGUGAAGCUAUGCAUUGUCUUGGAAUCCCUACCACUCGCGCCCUUUGUCUUCUCACGACAGGUCAAGGUGUCAUUCGCGACAUGUUUUAUGAUGGCAAUGCGAAGGAAGAACCUGGUGCUAUCGUUUGCAGGGUUUCUCAGUCGUUUCUCCGGUUCGGUUCGUACCAAAUACAUGCUUCUAGAGGAGAAGAGGAUCUUGAGAUUGUUGGGAAGCUAGCAGACUAUGCCAUUAGACAUCAUUUCCCAUGUAUAGAGAUGAGCAUGAACAGAAGUGAUAGCUUAUCUUUCAAAACCGGUGAUGAUUCUGUUGUGGAUCUAACAUCAAACAAGUAUGCAGCAUGGGUUGUUGAAGUUGCGGAGCGUACAGCUACCUUAUUUGCAAGAUGGCAAGGUGUAGGAUUCACACAUGGUGUGCUCAACACUGACAACAUGAGCAUCUUGGGUCAAACCAUUGACUACGGCCCGUUUGGGUUCUUAGAUACUUUUGAUCCAAGUUACACCCCAAACACAACUGACCUCCCUGGAAGAAGAUACUGUUUUGCAAAUCAGCCUGACAUCGGCUUGUGGAACAUUGCUCAAUUUGCUGAGGCUCUGGCUGCUGCUCAGCUGAUAAAUGAAAAGGAGGCUAACUACGCCAUGGAGAGGUACGGUGAUAAGUUCAUGGAUGAGUAUGAAGCCAUAAUGACAAAGAAACUUGGUCUUUCAAAGUACAACAAAGAGAUGAUUAGUAAACUUCUGAACAAUAUGGCUGUUGAUAAAGUCGAUUACACAAACUUCUUCCGGCUUCUUUCAAAUGUAAAAGCAAACCCCAGCACAUCUGAUGAUGAGUUAUUAAACCCCUUGAAAGCUGCGCUUUUGGACAUUGGAAAGGAAAGAAAGGAAGAAUGGAUCAGAUGGGUGCGAGGGUAUAUACAUGAGGUGAGUGGUGGUGACACAUCAUCAGAUGAAGAAAGAAAAGCAAGAAUGGAUUCGGUGAACCCAAAGUACAUUCUGAGGAACUAUCUUUGCCAAAGCGCAAUAGAUGCAGCUGAGCAAGGAGAUUUCUCAGAGGUCAACAACUUGUUACGUCUCAUGAAACGGCCUUACGAGGAACAGCCAGGGAUGGAGAAGUAUGCUAGGUUGCCUCCAGCUUGGGCUUACAGGCCAGGCGUCUGCAUGCUUUCUUGCUCCUCCUAGCUAGUUCUCCUUCUUACUACUUUCGUUGGGCCAUUAUAGAAAGUAAGAGGAAAACGUAAAAAAAAACACUCUUACACAUGUAUGGUUGUAACGCAUUGAAUUGACAUGAAAACUUUGGUAUAGCUUCACUAUAUUGUUUCUAUACGUUGAAUAGAGAUUUGAGUACAUGUA